AUGCAUAUCAGGGAGAGCAAAGGGCUCUUCGCCUUGGCGAGUCUUGUCGCACCGGCGGUUGGCCUUUCAUUCAACUGCCAGCCGGGCCAAGCUUGUUGGCCCAGUCUCCAACAAUGGGAUGCCUUCAACAAGACAGUCUCUGGACGUCUCAGGACUCCAGUUAUGCUUGGAAGUCCCUGUUUCCCUAGUUCGCCAGACUACAACAAGGACGUCUGUACCGAUGUCCUAGAGCAGUACGGAAACGGCACGUUUCGAGAGACUACGUUUGGAUCUACUCAGUUUACGCAAUGGGAAGCUUGUGGUGCUGAGAACUGUUAUCCUGGAUUAGUGCCGCCCCAGGGGUCGACAUGUUCUCUCGGAAGAAUAUCUCCCCUCUAUGUCGACGCCUUGGAGCCUUCCGACAUCAGCGCCACCAUUGCUUUUGCCAAGAAGCACAAUAUUCGCAUUAUGCUCAAGAACACUGGACAUGACUACCUGGGACGUAGUGCUGCUGCCAAUACUCUCGGCCUGCGAACUCACAACAUGAAGAACAUGACAUUUGCGUCUUCCUUUUCGGCCAAGAACUGCUCUGCCGCUUCUAAAAAAAAGAAUAUUGGCAUUAUUGGUGCAGGUGUCACCGCAGAAGAUGCAAUUGCAUUCUUCAACAAUCAUGGCAUGAUGAUCACUAUGGGAGCUUGCCAUACAGUUGGUAUCGCCGGUGGAUAUGGUCAAUCUGCAGGUCACGGCCCGCUUGGCCCUUCCAAAGGCUUGAUGGUGGAUCAAGCUGUUGAAUUUGACGUUAUUACAGCCGAUGGUGUCUUGAGAACGAUCAACGAAUGUAACGAACCCGACCUCUUCUGGGCAAUGCGCGGUGGCGGUGGCCAGUCAUACGCCGUUCUUGUCAACUACAAGUUCCAGGUCUACCCGCAAACGAAGUGGGCUACAUGGCUGUUCAACGCCACUAUCACUUCACCCAGCUCUAAUGUUACAGAGAACACUGUCCUGAGGGAGGUUCUCACAGCUAUGUCAACUGACCAGGAAACUUGGACAAAGAACGGCGUUGCUGGAUAUAAUAACAUUUUGCCCGAGUCUCUCACAUUCCUGGAGAUUCUGCCUGCUGACGGUGAUCCGUUGACAACUCUUAAGGAGUUAACUGCCAGUUUUAACACAUUACUAUCUAAUCACCCCGGCAUCAAUGUUAUUUCGAGCACUUACCAACAAUUCGACAGUGAGACAGACUUCUUCAUCGGCCAAAACACUUUCUACACCCCGAAUACUGCAGUUGGUCUGUCGUCUGCGGUCCCAAGUCGUCUUAUCACCGUUGACAACUUCGAGAGCCCUGAGAAGAUUGAUACUCUUGUGUCCAGCAUUCUUAACGGCUUGGAAGCUGCUCGCGUGCAAGUUGGCGAGGCACUAUCAAGUGGAGUGAACGUUUUCCUGCUCAAGACUUCCCCAUUCAACACUCCCGACUCAGCAAACGCAACCAGCACCAACCCUGCUUGGCGAAAGACCCUGUGGCACUUGGUUUACGGCGUUAGCUAUGAGCCCGGCACUCCUGAUUCCACCGCCAACCUGAUGAUGUCGGGCGCCCGUGCGGCCAUUGAUGUUAUCAAGGCUCCGUUGUCUGUCCAGGCUGCCUAUAUGAACGAGGCCGAUCCGGCUGAGCCCGACUGGCAGAACGUGUUUUUUGGAGAGUACUAUGGCAAGCUUCUCGCCAUUAAGAAGAAGUGGGAUCCGGAUACCGUGCUCAACUGCUACAAGUGUGUUGGCUAUCUUGGAGACCAUGAUCCUAUGUACUCUUGCUAUGGCAACAACCCCAAAGCAUCAGUACAGUAUCCUUUUAACUAA